AUCAGUCGUUCAGUUCCUUCAACAAGAAGCAACAAGAAAGACGACGGGACAGCAAGAAGCAACGGAAUUUCUUCCGGAGUUUGAUUAUUAUUAAUUUAAUUUUAACCAAAGUAUUUCUCGAAUCGAGCAUAAUUUUAUUGUGUUUUUCAAAGUUUUAUUAAUGCCAAACCUAUUGAACUGAAUUUAAACGGAAUUCCGGUAUACCUAAUUGUAUGCAUUUUGUUUACAACCGCCGAUCAAAGGUACAUACAGAAAUCAGUUUCGCAGAAGUCAGCAGAAUUGAAACGUCUUGGACAAGCCUAUCACCCUUAGCAGAACAAAAAGCUGCGAACCGUUCAAGAAAUUUUGACAGCAAAAUCGUUUCUUGAUCGUUUUUCACAGUACUUAUCAGCGUCAUCGGUUUUAGGAAAUAUCCCACUGCAAACAUGGCUUACCAUUCGGCAGCAGAUGACAUUGAGGAUGAAAUCAGCAGCUGGGGCUAUACGACGACCUUUUCGGACUACGAGCGUUCGCUGCAGGCGACCGGAAGCCAACAACCCCAAACUAAGGUCGGAGGCCGUGGGCGAGGUAUACUCAAUCCUCAACAUAUGUCAUCCGUGAGACUUGCGUCGGAGAUCAGCGAUUUAAAGGUGCAUUCCUUUCCCAUGGGUCAUCUGCCGACGAGCAAAGAGAUUCUCGCAUGUUCAGCAGAGAACGAAAUAACUCCUAUGCUGCGUCAGUUGGGAUUGAGUAGCCGGGAUGAUGAGAUUCACAGUAAAAACACUAGAAAGAACAUUGUAGCGAGUGAGGAAAUACGCAUCGAUGGCAACGUGCCCGUUAUAUUGAACUCCGAGCUGUUCCGGAACGCUGGGCAGAUACAGGAUGAGGGUAUCGAUGAACCCGAAAACUUUGAUCCCGAGCAACCAGUUCCGGAACAGUUCAGUACAAUUCCAGAGCUGGCCAUUGCGGAAGAAGAUGAUAUUCACGUAGUAGAAAAUAUUUCAAAACAAUCAAAGUCUAAGACGUCCGACCUGACCAAUUCGUCGAUUGAUUCCGCCGUCACGACGAGCAGUACAUCUUCGAACCAAUCGAAAAAGAACGCCAAAGAGGGGAAGGGAAAGAAGAAGAAAUGGCGUAAACUAACUGCCGAUGAGCUGAAGUCGUCCGAACCGCAACGGGAUCGUUACGAGGAAGUUUACAGCGUCGGAGUGCAUGACAAUUCGUUGGGAAAUUACUACACGGCUCGACAGUUGCAUGGGGAAAGUGGGAUCAAGGGUUGGUCUUCCCACUAUUAGAUUAGGAGAUUGCAUGCUGAUUUAUGAAUACUGUUUCAAUUUUUAAGAUGGGUUGUUUGAAAUACUGAAGAAUUGUAUAUUUUAUGAAA